CUAGUAGAAAAAUCAGGGGCCCUCAUUCUUCAACUCUGACUGCAUUAAAACACGGUCCAUGAUUCCACAUUCUUCAAGCCCAAGCUGAGCUCAUCUUUCUAGAAGGCCAUCAUUGCUAGAGUAAGGCCGUAGAUGAUAGACCCAAAGUUGAUUUUGGUGUAUAUUUCAUAUAAUUGGAGAAUCAAGCUGGACUGAGUUGAGACCUAAAAGUUCGUGCCCAAAUCUAAAUGGAUAGCCCGCCACUUCAUCACCUCUACAUAUAACCCAAGCGAGCAUUUUUAUGCUUUGUUCGUAGGGCCCUAGCCCUUACAUGAUCCAACUGAGUUGAAGAGGGUACAUGCCAAAUUUGCACCCUUUGGGAGCUGUGGUCAUGCAAAUUGGCCUCACCACCAAAACCAGCUAGCACGCUGCGGUUCAUAUCACACCUCUCUACGGGCGCGGCACAAUGCCACUGCCACUACACACUGCUUCUUCACGUUGGGUUAAUUUGUAGUGGAGUCAUGGAAAGACGUACUGCGGUUUUAUGGGGACUCGUUUGUUUGUGUUUGUGGUUUUUUAGUUAUGUGGUCGAAGCUAAGAGAGAAGGAAGGUUUUUGAGUGAUGUGAAUCGUGGGAUGAACAAGGGGCUCGGACACAGGCAUGGUGAAGACUUUGGCUAUCCAGUGACCGCAUAUAGUGGUUAUGGUGGUGGUUCUGGGGGUGGUUUUGGCAGUGGGGGAGGCCCUGGUGGUGGUUUUGGCAGUGGGGGAGGUAUAGGCAAUGGCGGCGGUGGUGGUUAUGGAUCUGGCGGAGGCUUUGGUGGUGGCUCGGGUCAGGGCGGUGGCUAUGGUUCAGGUGGUGGGUUUGGGGGCAGAGGUGGAGGCGGGUACGGUUCUGGCAAUGAAGGUGGUGAUGGUGGUGGUUGGCCAGGCAAUGGUGGGGGAACUGGGCAUGGCUCUUCAGGUGGAGGAAAUGGUCGUGGAGGAUACGGUCAUGGGAAGGACCAUCUCCAGAAAUAGCACCAAUGAUGUUUGUUUAUGGAGAGAAUAAGGAUGAGAUUUCUCCAAUUUAUAGUGCUCAUGUCUCCAUUUCUUAAGUUGUUUUUCCAUCAAAUGUGUAAUGUUAGCUGCAUCCUAUGAUAACUAAGUUCUAUUGUCUCUACAUCUACAAAAUUACCU